AUGGAUUUUGGAUUUGGUGAUUCUUUGUACCCAAAUGUGGGAGGGUUGACGCAAUUUUUCAGACAGGAUCCGUUUUUUGGUCCAUCUGCUGGUUUCCACACCAUGGCAAGAAUGAUGGAUCGCAUGAUGACAGAAAGUUUGCAACCGUUCGGCUUUGCGCGGAUGACAACGCGGCGGUCUGGUUCAGAUAACAAAGAACCACCCAGGGAUGGGCUGAGGACGGAGAGAAUCGUGAAACCAACGCAAGCACAUACUUUUCAAAUGUCACAAGCGGACCAAAACAAACCCUCGGACCCGACAACUGAGAAAUGGGCGGGCACCCUUCGUCGUAGAGACCCCGACAUCCAACCCACUUUACCUUCCAUCGUCACCCGUAAAACUUCUUCGACAUCCUCGUCAGUCGGUAGUGGUAGAAAAUGUCGAUCUGUCGACCGUUUACCUCGACAGAGGGUACGACACCUCGUUCCUAUAAAACCCACAAUAAGAAAGACCGAUGUGCCUACAGAAGGAGAUGUCGCUCUUUUAGAAAGAGACGAAAAGGUCUUUGAUGCAACGGGAUACGAGCUGCACUUAGUGGAGACUUUAGAAAGAGACAUUCUGCAGCGAAAUCCAGAUGUUCGUUGGAAGGAUGUCAUAGGCUUAGAAGACGCAAAGUCCGUUUUACAAGAGGCUAUGGUAUUACCACUCGUCAUGCCUGAUUAUUUUAAGGGCAUUCGGAGACCAUGGAAAGGCGUUUUACUAACAGGACCGCCUGGUACUGGCAAGACAUUGCUGGCGAGAGCAGUGGCCACCGAGUGUAAGACGACAUUUUUCAACGUCUCUUCUGCGACACUCACUUCUAAGUACCGGGGCGACUCGGAGAAGCUUGUCAGGCUCCUGUUCGAUAUGGCGGCAUUUUACGCUCCCAGUACGAUAUUCUUGGAUGAAGUGGACUCGUUGUGUGCAAUGCGUGGCGCUGACUCUGAACAUGAGGCUUCGAGACGAUUCAAGGCUGAGCUUCUCAUACAAAUGGAUGGACUAUCCGCUGCUUUCAAUCGAGAUAAGAUCGUUAUGGUAUUGGCGGCUACGAAUCAUCCAUGGGAUAUUGACGAAGCAUUCAGGAGAAGAUUCGAAAAGAGGAUAUAUAUUGGUCUUCCUGAUGAAUCGACCCGAGUAAAGUUACUGAAAUUAUGUCUGCGUGAAGUGGCGCUAGCAGAUGACGUACAGUUACCGGAAUUAGCUAACAAGCUGGAUGGAUACAGUGGCUCUGAUAUAUGCAAUCUAUGCAGAGACGCGGCAAUGAUGACAAUGCGGCAGAAGAUCGCUGGCAAGAGUCCCGAUCAAAUUCGCAAGCUGAAGCGGUCCGAAUUAGAGGCGCCGGUGUCUAAGGUGGAUCUGGAAGCUGCUAUGGAGAAGACCAGGCGGACGGUAUCACAAGCGGACGUUGCUCGCUACACCACUUGGAUGCAACGGCACGGCUGCUCCUAG